GGUCUGACGGUUGUUGAAGAUGUGGAACGACGCACAGCUCCCCUACGGCAACGAUAGACAUUCUGAGCAUGGUCCUAAUCUAAGGAAUGACAGCGGGAGAGGUGGACGUAGAGGCGGACUCAGACGACAGGGACGGGGAGCUAUAACGGGUAUAGAUGGUGGUAGACUGGACAGAAGAGAGGACAGUCAUGACAGAAGGAAUCGGGGAAGAUCGCGCACAAGGGACGGAUCCCGAGACAGAGGAGACGCCGAAAAUCCCGGGAGAUUCAGGGGAGAUCAAUUUGCAAGAGGUAGAAGAGAUGGAGAAAGGGGGAGAGGUGGAGGGCAGGGUAGGCCUGAUGUAAGAGAGAGAGACGCGAGAGGCGAUGAUGACAAAAGAGGCCCAUUCCGCCAUCGUCACGGUGACAGACAACAGGAUGGACAACGAGGAACUCCUGCAAGAGGUCGGGGUCAAAGAGGGGGCCACGUGGAUAACGCAUCUAGAUCUACAAGACAUGGUUACCGGACAGAUGAAAAUACUAGACACGGACAGUCCCAGGGUAGAUUCUCCAAGAACCAAGGCAACUUCAGACCUCUUAGUUCUAGACUUCUAAUGGAAAUUCUCGAGAAAGACCCUUCCGAGGCUGCUACUGAGCUCGGGUCCCUUAAAGGAAACCUUCAAGCUGGUCUGAAUGACGACUCGAUAGAUGAAAUACGUCAACACCUCUUUUGGAAGGCUCUAGCAUUCAUUUGUGGAGCUCUAGGUGCGGACCAAACAGUGACCAUGCUCCUCACAAUGACACUUGACUCAAAGCUAUGUCGUCAGCAUUUACUCACGUUUAUGACUAAGCUUAGGCGUCAUGGAGAGCAAAUCGGUGAAAGACGAUCGACCAUGUUAAAUAAUGUUUUCACUGUCUUUCUCUCAGCGAUGCAAAGUUUGCCAAGCCGUGCGUCUGAUCUCAAAGUCGCUGUCACACUAAUUUCCGACGCUGUAUCAGAAAUGGAUGAAGAUGAAAGACGGAAUGAGCUUAUGAAGUCAAUAAAGAUGUUGAGCAGUCACAUUGAGGAUAUUGAAAAGGAGAGAGAGAAAAAGCGACAGAUGGACCGAAUUUCAAAGAACCCACCCCCUGACGAUUUUCGCCAGCAAAACAUUCUUCCUACCGUCAAGGAAUUGCAACCUGGAUAUCAACCAUUUCUUCGUCCUCACCUAACAAGAGGAGUGUAUGCCGAUGUAGACCACUACCUGGACGUUCAAUUCAGACUCUUAAAGGAAGACUUUAUUUACCCUCUCCGCAAUGGGAUAUCUGAGUACCUAACUUUCAAGAAAGCUAAUCCUGAUAGGAGGGCCAAAAUUCAGGAUGUGCGCAUCUAUGAGGAAGCUCGGUUUGAUAAAUCCGUCCGCGACUUCUCGGGAAUAUCCCACUACAUGGCUUUCAAGAAGUUGCCCCGAGUCCGAUGGAACUCAACAAAGCGGCUCAUGUACGGAUCACUGCUUAUCCUCUCAACAGAUGAUUUCAAAUCGUACAUAUUUGCUACAGUCGCCAAAAGGGAUGUUGAAGAUCUAGAGAAAGGACUGGUAGCAGUAACACUGGUCGACCAAGAAGAUGCAUCUUGUCUCCAAAAUAAGACUUUUGUAAUGGCAGAAUCAUCUGUCUUCUUUGAAGCCUAUCGUCCAGUUCUCCUAGGACUCCAGCGUAUGUCUGGUCAUUCCUUGCCAUUUUCAAGAUAUACUUUGAGUAUGUUAAGUGAUAUAAAGCCACCUGACUACCUAAUAGAAUGUAUAAUUACUGAAGAUGGCGACAUGAUACAAGAGAAAAGAAGCAUCGAUAUCUCGCCAUUGCUGAAACGUACGCAACGGUGCUGUCAAAAAGUUGAUGUUCUUUGUGAUGGUGCUUGGCCUGAUUUGGACGACGUACAGCUCGAUCAUUCACAAUACGAAGCAGCAAAGGCGGCUCUCACUAAAGAAUUGUCUAUCAUACAGGGUCCUCCAGGUACUGGCAAGACCUACAUUGGUCUUAAGAUUGUGGAAACCCUUCUACGUAACAGAAACAUCUGGUCAAGUGACGAAGACCCUGGCCAAAUUUUGCUCGUUUGCUACACCAAUCAUGCUCUCGAUCAAUUUCUGGAAGGGAUCUUAAAAUUCCAUGACGAUGGCAUCGUGAGAGUUGGGAGUCGAAGCAAGAGUGAGCAGUUACAAGCCUUCAAUCUGAAUCGUUUGGUUGGUCGGAGAGUACGGAAUAAUGAAGAGUACGUUCAACGAAGGGUUCGUCAUGUAAAGAAAGAAGUUGACGCUGCAAAGAGACGUGUGGAGAGAACGCAAGCUAGGAUAGAGGGUGCAAGACAUGGGAUCAUCAACGAGUACGAACUAGGUCAGUUCAUGUCAUGGAAGCUUUACGAUAGCCUCCUGCGGCUUUCUCAUAUGAAACGGUCAAACUCCUGGAUGGUAGAGUGGCUACUAUGUGAAUGUCACAACGAUAGAGAUUGGAACCCAUAUGGGCAGAGUGAUAAACGCCAGGAGGAGGAGGAGGAAGAAAAGAUCCCAAUUCACGAUCCUGCUGAACAUAAAACCACAGUCGAUGUAGAAUAUGAGCGCAGUGCCAUCGAGUCUGAAAGAAUGAUUGAUGACGAAUAUGACGAAGAGGACUCUGACGGCGAGGAAGAGGAAGACUAUCCAUUUCUCGGCUUUGACUUGCAUCUUUUGGACAAGCCAGAUCAACGUAUUUUAAAGAGGUUCAUCCAAAAGAAACUCUCCGGUAAAGACGUUCUCGACCCACGAAUCGUUCUAUCGAUUAAGGAUGUUUGGACCAUGCAUCCAAAUGACCGAUGGGCACUGUAUCAUGUGUGGAUGAAAAGCUAUCUUGAAAUGUUGAACGGAAAGCUACCAUCUUAUGAACUCAAAUUCAAGCAACUUUGUGGACAGCUCGAUGAGGCAAAAGAUGUAGAGAAAUACCAUGUUCUUCGAGAGGCGACUAUAAUUGGUAUGACUACAACUGGAGCAGCUAAUCACCAACAGGUUCUACAGAGAGUCAGACCAAAGAUCGUAGUUGUAGAGGAAGCUGCUGAGGUACUUGAGGCACACAUUGUCACAGCAUUGAAUGCAUCAUGUCAACAACUCAUUCUUAUUGGAGAUCAUCAGCAACUUCGACCGAAACCGAAUGUGUAUCUAUUGGCUAAGAAGUAUCACCUGGACGUAUCAUUGUUUGAAAGACUUAUCAACAAUGAAUUCCCCUACUCUCAGCUUGAGCUCCAACAUCGCAUGCGUGUUGAGCUAUCGGAUCUAAUGAAAAGGCACUUCUACGACAAUCUUCACGACCAUGAAAGUGUGAAGCAAUACGACAGUGUCGAAUCAGUCCAAAAGGAUAUCUUCUUUCUAGAUCAUGCAGAAACAGAAAAUGAGAUGGAAGAUACACAAAGUCACUUCAAUCUCCAUGAAGCCAGAUUCAUUGUAGCUUUGUGCUACUACUUUCUGCAGCAGGGGUAUCAACCUGGUCAGAUUACAAUCUUAACAGCUUAUACCGGUCAGCUGCUAAAAAUAAAACAAAUGAUGGAUCGUAGCAAGUUUGAAGGAGUCAAAGUAACUUCAAUAGACAAUUACCAGGGAGAAGAAAAUGAUAUCAUCCUACUAUCGUUUGUGAGGAGUAACAACCAUGGACAUAUUGGAUUCUUGGGGAUUUCCAACCGAGUCUGUGUUUCCCUAUCAAGAGCGAAGAAAGGAUUGUACUGCGUUGGAAACUUCACUCUCUUUGCAGAAAAGAGUGAACUAUGGAAAGGAAUCGUAAAUGAUCUAAAAUCAUGGGGAUAUAUUGGUGAUUCCUUGACAUUGCAGUGUAGCAAUCAUCCGGAUGAGAUGACGUCGGUGAAAACCGAUGAUGACUUCAAGAAAGUACCUCUAGGUGGAUGUAACAGAGACUGUGAAACAAGAUUGAACUGUGGGCACGUUUGUCGAUUGAAGUGCCACCCUACCGAUCUUGACCAUCUGAUAUACAAAUGUAAAGCGCCUUGCUCCAAAGUAAUAUGUGAAAGAAACCACACUUGCCCAAAGCGCUGCUCAGAUAUUUGCCCAAAUUUCUGUUCAGUAAAGGUGGACAAAGAACUACCCUGCCAUCACUGGUGUAACACUGAAUGCAUGACGGAUAUUUGGUCGAUCGUGUGUGAGGAAAUGAUCGAAAAAACUUUGACGUGCUCACACGUUCGUAUUCUUCCAUGCCACACACCAACGGCGGGACUUGAGAGCGAGUGUGAAGUCAUCAUCAACAAGCAAUUGUACUGUGGGCACAAAAAGACAGAGAAGUGUAAUGGAAGCGGGCGAUGCGAUGAAUUAGUCUUGAAAGUUCUGGAAUGUGGCCACUCCUGUGAAGCAAAGUGCCAUAAAGAUUCAAAGAACAUCAGAUGUAAAGUAAAUGUUGAGAAAACACUACCAUGUGGACAUACACACACUCUUCUCUGUUCUGCAAGUAUUAGAGAUUUGAUGUGCAACACGAUUACCAGAAAAAUGCUUCCAUGUGGACACGAAAUCAUAGAAAAGUGUUUUCACAAUUCUAAAUGCCCAGAACUUGUCGAGAAAACAUUGCCAUGCGGUCACAAAUUGGAGAUGAAGUGUUCGACUGAAGUUGAUGCAGUGGUGUGCGAGGCAAAGUGUAGUAAGAAGCUUCCAUGUGGCCACAGUUGCAAGAAAAAGUGUGGAAAAGAGUGCACGGAGAUCUGCAAAGAGAAGGUCACCAGGCAUGACUUUCCCUGUGGUCAUGAAGUAACCGUGAGAUGCUGCGAUGGACCAGAUGAAUGCCCCUUCACUUGCGAUGAGAUGCUAAUAUGUGGUCAUAGAUGCAAAGGGACUUGUGGGGAAUGCUCUCAGGGUCGUUAUCACCUACCCUGCAAAGAGACAUGCAAGAAAAGGCUCAUAUGCGGACAUGAAUGCGCCCUCAAAUGUGGAGCACCGUGUCUUUCCUGUAAGAAGAAAUGUCUUCGGCGCUGCCGUCACUCGCAGUGCAAACAUCCUUGCAAUGAGCCAUGUGAACUUUGUAUGAAGCGAUGCAACUGGAAAUGUGAUCACUACGAGUGUAAGAAGCUGUGCUUCGAGCCUUGUGACAGACCUCCAUGUAUCAAGCCCUGUCCAAAGAAAAGAAAAUGUGGUCACCCUUGUAUUGGUCUGUGUGGUGAAAUCUGCCCAAACAAAUGUCGCAUCUGCCACAAAGAUGAUUCGGCGCUUCGCUUCUUUGGGACGGAGAACAUAGAAACGUCAAGGUACAUUCAGUUAGAAGAUUGUGGACAUUGUUUCGAGGUAGAAGGGCUAGACAGGUUCCUUGGACUUGGCACAAAGACCGAUACAACAGAUGCCUUUACCAAAUUAUCGGUAAAAGCAUGUCCAAGAUGUGAAAAACCCAUUCAGCUAAGCCGUCGUUACACCAGUCUCCUUAAGGAAUCACCAACAAUCAAGCAUCGGAUCAUCGAAAAGCUAAAGGGUGCUGGCAAUGAAGGGUACACACACCUCUAUGAUAAAGUUAACUCGUCCGUUUCAUUGGCACGCGAAACAAUUCUGGUUCUCUUAACCAGGCCUGCCUCAAGUAGGAUGUCACUUUUCAUGAAUUUGAGGAGUACUCAUUCAGCGAUUGACCGCCCAUUCGUCAAGGAACUUCGAAAUCUACUACAGGUUGCGGCAGAUGAACUUGCCGUUCGUGUCAAGUCUUCUCCGAGUACACUAGUAGAUCAGCGCGAGAGCGACCUCUGGAAAGAGAUGCAUCGGGUAACAGUCAUGUGUGACUUAGCCAAGGUAUUGAUAAAUAACCCAACUCAGACAGAUGAUAUACCCAGACUGAUUGUUUUCCUUAAACUGGGCAAGGAUAUGAACUUGGCCCACUCCCUACUCAAGGAUAUCAGCAGGGCGAACGGUUACAGUCGUACCCUUACUGAACUGACCGAUUUCAAACCCAACUCGCCUCUUUCUCUCGACGCAUCCAUGUGGUUCGUAUGUACCAGUGGACAUCUCGUUCCAAAUCGCCAAAUCAAGAAGGGACCUUGCGAUGAUUGCGUUAAUAGGAAACUGGUCGAGGAAACAUUACUUGCAGAGGCUUCUUCCAAUGCAGAUCAUCAUGGUUAUCCAAGACAGAAUGUAUCCGGCCAACGGGGUUUUCAUGACCAGCAUUUCCAGCGGGGUAGGGGACGAGGGCGUGGAAGGAGAGGCAGAGGAAGGAGGGGUGGACAAAGAGGAGGCCGCGGUCAAAGAAACUACAACCCGUACUUUCUUUGAAACAUGCAAAUUGCGGUGUAAACUUUCAUUUGGGACUUUCUGAUAUUUUAAGAAUUCAUCUUGAGAUGUUGAUCUGUUAAAACCUAGAAAACUUUAUACGAAUUAGAAUUCUACUAAACCUUACAAUGGAUGGUUUAUUGGACAGUGGAAUUCACGCUAAGGCCCAUUAUUGUCUAAAUUCGGUUGUUUUUAUUGUUAUGUUGAUUUUGAAUUCAAAGUACAAUAGUCAGGUGCCAGGCAUACUGACGUAAUGUAUCUCACUGAUCAAAUAAUGCUAGCGCGAAGCGCGUGCUGAAAUUUUUUGAUAUUCAAAAUGUUGUAAUCACAAUACGUACCUGUCUCGCUAAACAAACAAUACGAGCGCGAAGCUCGAGCUGAAAUGUUUGUAUAUAUUGACCUCUAACAGGAACAAUUUAGGGACAAUGAUUUAGGAGUAUACAUAUCUCACCAUAGUCAUCUAAUGCGAGAGCCAACCGCUUGCUGAUUUUGUUAGAAUUACAUCUUAACACAUGAAGCACUUUUUCAGUCAUUGUAACCAUGAUUAUCAUUCGCAUCUCACUCAUAAAAUAUUGCGAGCGCGAAUCGCGAACUGAAAAUUUAGGAAAUUCAGACCUGAAGAGGGGCAUUCUAAAGCUUGUUUGUAGGAAUUCACCAAGACCAUACGUAUAUACUUGUGGAAGCGUCGUGGUCUAGCGGUUCUGACUCUCGCCUUUUAAACAGAGGGUCGUAUGUUCGAAUUCCACCGCGGCCAGCGUCCUUUGGCAAGGCGUUAUUCCACACUUUGCCACUCUCGACCCAGGUGUUAAAUGGGUACCCGGUAGGAUGUGAACGUCAAUGUGAUUAAAUUGACACGUGUGCACUGAUAAACGGUUGCCUGGCCAGGAUACUCCCCAGGGAGUGGAGAUGGGUACUUUAUGUGUGGAACUGUGCUGGAUCCUAUGACCGGGGUAAUAAAUGUAACUAUUAUUGCUAUUAUUAUUAUCACUAUCAUUUCACUAACCAAAUGAUGCGAGCGCGAAGCGCGAGCUGAAAAUUUUAAUAUUCAGAUUAUAAAAAAGGGACAUUUUAAGGACUGAUUUUAGGAAUUCAUGAAGAGCAGACAUAUCUCACCAAUCCACUUAUGCGAACGUAAGAACGGACAGGAUAUGUUUUGUAUUAAGACAUUACUAAUAGGGCAAUCACUUUAAGUGGUAAUGAAUAAGAAGCUUAUGUCAUUAUAUAAACAGUAACUUGAAGUGCGAUGAAAUUUAUUUUGUGUAUAUUGACUUGAAAACGGCAGAUUUUAGCACAACAUGAUUAUAUAUCCCGUUAAACAGACAAUGCGAGCACCAGGAACAAUGAAUAUAUAGGCCCUGAGUAAAUUAUGUUUCAUAAAGUUAUGAAAAACAUGUUUCUUAUGUAAUAUAACAAACAUAAUUAAAAUAUAACAUUAUAAUGAACAAUAAUUUCUUCUUCCCCACCACGUUUCUCUUCCUUUCUCCCUCUUUUUCUCAUUUUCCCGGUUUUUUUUUUUCGCCAGCCGUAUAGAUACGCCACUUACUUUAUGUUAAUCAAUAUUUUCAGAAAUGUCAAUUUUCACUUCUACGAGAGUGCGGAAUAAGCGAAAUCCAUUAUCUCGAACAAACGAGUGGUGGAUUUGCUCUUUUUAAUUUCCAGAGUGGAUUUAAAAGGGAAUAAAAUGAUGUAACCAUUGCCCAUUUGGUUUUUCACAUUUAGCUAUUGGUUCAUAUAUAUUGUAUAUAAGUAUAUUCAUCCACUAUCCAAAUUGAAGGUUUUAUCAUUGUAUAUACAUACAAAUAUGAAACAUAAAUGGUAUGAUAAUGACCAUUUCCGACUGAACUUUUUUUGGUCUCUGUAGAUGAGAAUGUAUGUAAUGAUAUCUAAUUCUUUACAAGUAGCGUAGUAUAAUGUUUUAAACAGCAUUUACAUUGCGACGUAUUUCUAUUAAAACAUUCAUAGGCGCAGGCUCAUCAAAUUAAGCUAAUUACUACACUUCUGCUGAAAUAAGUUUCCAGAUUAUAAGAUUAUAACGGUGAUUGUUUUAGCUCAUCACUGCUUCUCAAACAGGGGCGGCACCAGGAAUUUUUUUCAAGGGAGGGGGGCAGACCGUCCUGAAGCUUUAUUCUCACUUGAAUGAUAGGGUAUACGACCCAGAUUUUUCUUUAUUUGACACUUUCAUUUUUCCCCCUUUUCCUCUUCGUGCUCUUUUUUCCUCUCCCCUUUCUUGGAGAAUCAUAGAGUGGUCGCCCCCUCCACAUGACCGCGUACCCCUAUAUUCAGAAAGAAUGAAAUGUAUACAUACACGUAUGUGUUUAAAUUAGUAAAACGGGCUAUAACCCGAUGAAGAAAACUACCUAUUGCAUGAAGAGAAAUACAGUAUGCAUUCAUUCAUUUAUAGAAUAUGCGUAGUAUGCUUAUAGCUAUGUUUUACUUCAAAAGAGCUAAAAUGACAAUUUUGUUGUAAAUAAAUCUAUAUCGUUGUAUGGUAUUAUCUGAGAAAAAUAUUGUAUACUUGUGUGAGAAAAAAUGCAUGUGAACAGUUAUUGAUUUGAAAACAAACUUUGACUUGUGAUUGGAACACUUUGAUUUUUUGAAAAUGUUAUGUAGUGCACUGACCCGUGAGCCCAAACUUUAAGCAUACAAGGUUAGAAAGCAAGCAACGUGUGGUCUCAAUAACUGUGUGCUGUAUAUAGCUGGUCUUGCGAUAACUAUUCAUAAUUCACAGAGUAAAUCCACCCACACAGUUUCAUAAUAUGUAUGGGGGAAGUGUUUUGAGGAAAAAGUACUUGUGUCACUACUUGAUAACAUAAUCAUUGCAGUAUGAAUGUAUUGAGCCGUAAAUUAAUGUGUAUCAUAAAGCUACACUGCUCACAUUGACUAUUUGGGGACUUGAAGUGGUAGUAUGAAUGGAUUGGUUCAUAUUAGUUGUCUUCUAGUACACCUUUCUUCCCAAAGUUAUGCAAUAUCACAGUUAUCACAAUGUCACUUCCGUUGUGAAAAAAAGUAAUAUGACGCGGGUAUUGACCCGUAACAAUAGGCCUGCUUAACUUGAUACAACCUCUAACGAACAUUGUGUUAAUGUCAAAAGAUUUUUUCGCGUUUCGUCGCAUACGACUUACAAGACGACUCCUAUUUUUAUCAAAUAAUAUCAACCCACAAUUUAUUUAUACCGCAUUAUAUAUAUCCUUUCACCUCCCCCUGUUUAUAUCUAAGGCGGCUACAAAAACACUUCCCAAAUCAACUCCAUUUAUUUUGAAUAUUUUGCUCAUGGUGGUAAUUUUAAUUCAUACAGCAAAACUGCACCAUAGAUCUCUUUAUAUUCAUGCUUUGUAUGUAUUGUUGUAUUAUUAUUUUACUUUGAGUUUUGGUACAUUAGGUUUAUUCCAUAAUUUUAUCUGUGAUAAUUUGUGUAAUUAAUCCUGCGAAUGAUCUUGAAGUGAUAUCAUUAUUAUGUAAUUUGUAUUAUGUACCGAUUAUUCAGUCAAAUAAUAUUCUCCCCCUGUACGGUAGAAUGUGUCAUAUCGGAUGAAAUGUUAUUUCGUAGAUGCGGACAUUAUCAAAAAUCUUGUACGUACAGUUUUGGGGAUUGUAGUUAUAUGUCUAUCGCGUUGUCUGGGAUCAUAUAAAAUGGUUUUAGCAUAUUGCUCUGAGGAGCUCCGAGUUCACUUGCUCAAAUUAAUACAUGCGAUUACUUACUUUAGUUAUUUGGGACACUUUUGAUGUUAUCAAAUUGCACUUUGUUUUAAACAUUUAAAUUUAUGGAUUACUAUUGUUUAGAAAUGUAGUGAAACCUAAAAACAACGUUACGAUAGAUGUACAUGUUAUUGUAUUACCUAGUAUUAAGUCUUAUAGGCCUAUUCACAAUAGGAAGGCAACGGAUAUUCAUUAGACAAGAUUUGUAAUCAUAGUAUCACUGAUUCUAGGAAGAGCAAUCACUGAAUUUCCUUUGUUCAAAUAAAGAAGUUGGGCCUAUCACUUAACUUUUGGAACUAUUUGACUGGCGGAAGAAUUUUGGCUAUUUUACCGUUUCAGGUAAUAAAUUGGAUCUCCUCUCGAGAUGUUUUCAUAAGUGUCGAUUAAUUUUCGAAAUGAAACAGUCAACAUAUCCUUUUCCGGUCAGAUAUGGAAUGUCAGAUAAAUUUCCUAACCACUGUAUUAAACAGUAGUCGCUCUAUUUUAAAAUCUUUAUUUUUGAUUUUUUUUUCUAAAGUGCUAGGUCCGUGGUACAGACAAGGCAUAAAGACGGAUGCGCACUAGUUCAUUCGAUCUUAUGUAUAUACACGUGCAGGCUCUUGGUUUGAAAAAAAAAAUGUACGGCCGAUACAACUGUAAAAAAUAAUGCAUUAUGUCACGUUAUUGGGAUCCAUGUGGACAUUUUAUAGAACAGAAAAUGUGUGUAUUUGUCAAUUUGUUCAUAAUAUACGUUGCUUUUGUUCAAAUUUACAUUUAAUCGCCAGUCCACUCCUUCACUCUUAGUAAAUUUAUUUACUACAGUAAGUCGAUGUUUUUAUUUAUCUUGGUUUUGCAUGGCAAAUUACUGACACGAAUUAUAAAGGUGGAUUAGCCCCUCUGAAAAUAUCGCCGACCUUGUUUAUGCUCUGUUUAUAUUUUAUGAUCUCUGACUAUGAGUUAUAAGUAACUAGUUUUAAAAUAUACCAUUUUAAAACCAAACCUAUUGAAAAUGUAGAGAAUACAUUAACUUACUUAAAAAAAAUAUGUAUAGAGAAACAAAUGUUUUGAUAGCAAUAAUACUUGUUUUGCUAGUUGGUAACAAAUCAUUGCAGUAUGAAUACAUUGAACAGUGAAUUAGUGUGAUAUCAUUUAAAGGUCAAGUCCACCCCAGGAAAAUGCUGACUUGAAUAAAUAGAGAAAAAUCAAACUAGCAUGGUGCUGAAAAUUUCAUCAAAAUCGGAUGUAAAAUAACAAAGUUAUUACAUUUUAAAGUUUCGCUUAUUUUUCACAAAACAGUGAUAUGCACAACUAGGUGAGUCAGUCGAUGAUGUCCAUCACUCACUAUUUCUUUUGUUUUUUUAUUGUUUGAAUUAUACAAUAUUUCAUUUUUUAUAGAUUUGACAAUAAGGACCAACUUGACUGAACCAUAUAGUAUUAAACAAUGCUAAUUCUACAUGUUCAGGGAGGAAUUAAUCGUUGUAUCACUUGACAAUGAGGAGAAAAUAAGAAUAUUUCAUAUUUCAUAUAAUAAAAUACAAAAUAAAUAGUGAGUGGAUGACGUCAUAGUCUCCUCAUUUGCAUACCAGCCAGGAUGUGCAUAUAACUGUUUUGUGAAAUUAAGCGAAACUUUAGAAUGUCAUAACUUUCUUAUUUUACAUCCUAUUUUGAUGAAAUUUUCAGUGUUAUGCUUGUUGGAUUUUUCUCUUUUUAUUCAAAUCAACUUUUUGUUGGGGUGGACUUGUCCUUUAAGUCGGCCUUUUGAAUGUUGUAUUAUGGCUUAGCCUAGGAACCUGGCCAGAUUCGAGCAGUUGAGGGCUUGAGAUGGUGCUAUACAAGACUGCUUGUUCGUACUUACACUUAAUACCAAUUGUCUAAGAGGUGAUUUAGACAAUGUUGUUCCAUUUCGGGUUCCUAUUUUUAAUCGAUUGAUCAAGCAGUAUUCUAAUAAAUUACGAAAGGUACACAAAUUAUUAUAUAUAAAUGUAUCUAGUUAAGUUUGGUUAAUGUAGCGAAUGCUAAAAAAGUUUUAUUUUGCAUUGACGCUUGAACAAAAUGUUGACUAAAAGGGGAAGUCCACCCCAACAAUAAAGACGAUUUGACUAAGGAUAAAUUUUAAACGAGCAUAACAAUGAAAAUAAGUGAAGAGUUUGGUUGCAAAAGGGGUUAGAUCCAUUGGACCAUUCUCCCAUAUUGCAAUAUUCUUUAACAUGAGAAACUAAAUUGUCAUGAUGUACUACCCUAUCAUGUGAACAUAAAAUUGGGUAUAAAAGAAAUCUACCUGUCUUCAUUUUUAAAAAUAUUUUUUUGAAAAAAGUUAUCAUUGUGGAUCUAACCCCUUUUGCAAGCAAACUAAAAUGAAUCCAAUCCCUUCUGAAAAAAAAAAUUCUUUGCCACUUUAUUCACGCUUUGAUGUGAAUUUCAGAUUUUAUUUGGCAUCAUCAGAAUGACUAAAAAUCUAUGGGUUUUGAGACCCCCCCAAAAACAAAAGAAAAAACAAUAACAAUGAAAUUUAUGAAAAAUGGAUCUAACGCAUUUUGACAAAUGAGCUCUUCAGAAGAGUUUGGUUGCAAAAGGGGUUAAGUCCACUCUAAAAAAAUAUUUUUUUCAUUCUCCCGUAUUGCAAUAUUCUUAUACAAAACUAAAUUUUCAUGAUACCUUACCAUAUGAACGUAAAAUUGGGUAUAAAAGAAAUCUACCUGUCUUCAUAUUUUUUAAAAUAUUUGUUUUCCAACAUAUUUCUUUGUGGAUCUAACCCCUUUUGCAACAAAACUGAAAUGGAUCUACCCCUUUUUGAAAAAUAAGUGAUUUUUCUUUGCUAUUUUUGUUCACUUUUUAAUAGGAAAUUCAACCUUUCUUUGGUAUCAUCUUAUAGAGCUACUAAAAGUCUAUACAUUGAGACAAAAAAAUAAAAAAUCAAAUUUGAUAAAUAAUGGAUGUAAUGGAUCUAUUUUUUUCAACCGAGCUCUUCAAUUUUUCAAAAUCGAAUAAAAAAUUUCCCUUAAUUUCACAAUACAGUGCGUAUAAAAUAAAACGGGACAGUUUAGAAAAGUCAAUCAAAAUUUCGUUUCAAAUUAUGAUGUCUAUAUUUUGAUGUUAAUAGAUGAUCUGAUGUCUUAUCUUUCAAAUGCUUAAAAAAAUAGUUUCGUUCAUGCUUGAGCAAACACGACGUUUUUGUGAAUGGUUAAAAUAAAUGCUUGCGCCAAAUGGCAGAAAAUUAGAAA